UAUAUACAUAUACAUCAUUCAGUGCAUCAACAUUGCUAUAAUUAGCAUCAAUAACCAAAAAAUACAGAACCCAAAAACAGAGAUCGACCAUGGAUACCAAGCAGAGCACUAUCAAUGUCCUAAUGCUACCAUGGUUGGCCCAUGGUCACAUCUCUCCUUUCCUAGAGCUUGCCAAGAAUCUCUCACACAGAAAUUUCCACAUAUAUUUGUGUUCUACACCAAUAAAUCUCAAAUCCAUCAAGAAUAGAAUCACUGAAAAGUACUCUCACUCCAUUGAAUUAGUAGAAAUCCACCUUCCAUCUGAAAAAUAACUGAUGUAUUAUUAUUGAUGUAUUGAUGUAUUACAAGAUGUAUUACCUCAAACCUGCAAACAUUCUUUUAAACUUGCAAUCCCAAAUGUCUCCAACAUCUUCAAAACACUAAGCCCAGAUUUAGUUAUUUAUGACAUCAACCAGGCAUGGGUACCAACCAUUGCAUCCCCGUUUAAUGUUCCGGUAGUUCAGUUCAUGACUACAGGAACUACAGUGGUUUCUUAUAGCAUUCAUUUCAUUAAGAACCAUGGCGGUGUUGAAUUCCCAUUUCCAGAAAUUAAGCUUCGGGAAUUCCAUGAAAAGCAGUAUCACGAUACGCUGUUGUCUGCAGUAAAUCAUCCCCAAAACAAACAAGAUGCCCCUGUAAAUGUCAAACCAUCUUGCAACAUCUUGCUGUUCAACACUUUUAGAGAGCUUGAAGGAAAAUACAUUGAUUAUCUGUCGGUUAUAAAUGAGAAGAAGGUUGUCCCUGUUGGUCCCCUUGUUCAAGACAUUGUCGAUGAAAUCGAGCAAUCUGAGAUCAUGCAAUGGCUUGACAAGAAGGGUGAGUCCUCCACUGUGUUUGUUUCCUUUGGGAGUGAGUAUUUUUUGUCCAAGCAUGAGAUUGAAGAGAUAGCCCAUGGCAUAGAGCUUAGUAAGGUUAAUUUCAUAUGGGUUGUUAGGUUUCCUAUGGGAGAGAAAGUUGAGCUUGAAGAAACACUGCCUAAGGGGUUUCUUGAGAGGGUUGGGGAGAGAGGAAUGGUUGUGGAGGGUUGGGCUCCACAGGCAAGAAUUCUGACCCAUUCAAACACUGGUGGCUUUGUGAGUCACUGUGGAUGGAAUUCUAUAAUGGAAAGCCUAAAGUUUGGGGUUCCAAUUAUUGCCAUGCCAAUGCAUUUGGACCAGCCAUUGAAUGCUAGACUGGUGAAGGAUGUUGGUGUGGCUGUGGAGGUCAACAGAGACAUCAAUGGAAAACUCAAUAGAGAAGAUAUUGCCCAGGUAAUAAGGAAAGUUGUGGUGUCGAAAAGUGGGAAGGAACUAAGAACUAAAGCAAGAGAUUUUAGCGAGAAUAUAAAAAUGAAAGGAGAUGAACAGAUGAAUGAGGUUGUAGAAGAGCUGAUGCAACUUUGUAAAUCACUCAAAGAUUAGAAUCUCAAAUUUAUUGAAAUGUUUGGGUGAUUAGGUAAGACAGUUUAAUGUGAUUUGGUCCUUCCUGUUUUGAGUGUCAUUUUCGUGUUAAAAGUUUCUAUAAAAUUAUUGUUCCUACCU